AGAAAAAGAACAAGAGAGUAUAUUUUUCUCUCUGGCACACCACCCAAGGCGCCGUUUCAAGGUCACCCUCCGAUCUCCAUGGAUUCACACUGCAAGGUCUCCUCUGUCGUCGUCCUAACCAUUUAAGAAGCUAUGCUUCUUCUCGUCGGGACUCCGCCUAGGUUAACCCGAAGCAUUUCAAAGAGAGGGGAAGAACUCUUGAAAUCUCAAAGGUCGAACCUUUCACCUGUCUCUGCCUUUCCCACGCCUAGUUCGCUGCCUCCGGUGAGAACUUGUCCUUCCCAUGUCUCUGGCCCUGCUUUCGUUUCAGUGACGAAGAGCCCUCCUUUACUACCCUCUAAACCGGAACCUCCAGAUCUGGUUCCGGUGGAGCAGCCAGAUCUGCCGUUUGAAGCUCUCUCUCCACCAGAUCCGCCGCCUAAAGCCCCCCCUCCACCAGAUCUACCAAACCCUCCUGACGAACUCAUUGUUGGUAGUAUGAUUCUUUGCUGGUGUGCUGACUGGAAUUUCAAAUGUACUUUUCCCAGCAAUUUCAUACACCAUGUUCUCCCGUUCAUCACGCCUAUCACUGCGGUUGCUGCUGCAACAUUGGUCUCUCUUCCUCACCUACUAAUCCAGUCCUCUUACUGUUUUGUGCAGUUGUGCCUUUGUGGUACUCAAGUCCCUUCAUCAUGUGAAUCGGGGAGUUUAUUGUUAAAGAUUAGAAAUAUUUCUAAUACUGAAGUUCUAAUCAAAGGCUUUGUAGCCAUGUUGAAGAUUGUUGAUUGUGCACUUGUUGCUGCUUCAAUCCCGGGAGUUAUAUCACUGGUUGUGGUCUCUAAUUUCCAAGGCUUCGUCUCACUUUACAGCUUGAUGUUCGUUGAGAUCAGAGGACUUCUCGAUGUCAUUAGUUGCUUAAGCGUUUUGUAUGCCCCUAUCCUUAUUUGUUGUAUUUGCUUUCUUGUAUUAGCUUUUUGUUUGGCCUGGAUGGCUCUGUUUUCAUGUUCCAUAAACACUUUCUCCAUUCAUGGAGACUAAGUUUCUAUAAAAAGUUGAGGUUUGUCCAAAAAAAAAAA